UGCGCAAUAUAUGGCGUUUUUAAGUGAAAGUAUGGCAGCCUCGGUUGAUGUGGGAUUAAAGUUCGUCGCGUUCGCUGCCUGUAACGCACUUUACGAUAACACAAACAUCUACACGAUUAUGUGUCCGAUGCACGCUGGUCACGUCAUGUUUAUUUUUUAUUUGCAGAUUGACGGCGGCACUUUAGAAAAACGAAAGAAAACCAGUGGUGUAAAUCGACUCAAAAUUGAUAGGCUAUGGAUGUGGAGGGAGAUCCAGACCCUGAACUGAAUGAUCAGGGAUUGGAGGAAGAGCUCGUGUCUUUGAGAUCUCAAGCAGAGUUGCUGAGACGGGAACUACAGACGUGUAAGGAUGAACUUCAGAAGCUACAGAAACAGCUCAACCAAAGCGAACGUCUCCAGAAGACAACAGAAAGCUACAAUGAAGAUCUCAGACAGCAGGUUGAUCGACUGAGUGCAGAAAUCCACGAGAGAAAGAAAAAAGAGAGAGAGAAGGUGGAUGCUGAGGUUCAAACAGAAGAGUACACCUGGACAGAGACAGAUUAUUAUAAUUAUUAUUAUGGCGGAUACUACCAGUCAGAAACAGAGAUGGUGGCAGAAACACAGGAGGCUGUUGCCACGGAAACACAGGAGGCUGUUGCCACGGAAACACAGGAGGCUGUUGCCACAGAAACUGUAGAGCCAUCAGAGCAAACUGAUGUGUAUCCAUUAAUGACCGAGACUGUGCCAGUCGACCCUGAGCAGCAAGAUGGAUCAAAUGUUUUAACACAAAUUGAGGAGACGUCUGGAGAAGGCAACUCUAUAGCAGACAUGCUCAGAGCAACUGCAGAAGAGGCCCUGAAUCAGACCAACUUUGUGUUUGAUGAAACGUCAGGCAUGUACUACGACCACAGCACCGGAUUUUAUUAUGAUUCUUCCACUCAGCUGUACUAUGAUGCCAACACCGGCAUGUAUUAUUAUUACGACCCGGAAAGUGGAAAAUACCAAUUCCACUCGAGGAUAGAGGUGCCCGCCGCACACCCUGACGCGGAGCAGACGCCCCAGAGGAAGAGCAAAGACUGGAAAAACAGGAAGUCGUUGAAGAGCGCAGAUAGAACUUCCUGUCCAGACGGAGGGGACCAUAAAGAGGCGGGGCCUGAGUUUGCCAAACAGCCUGAAAGCCAACACAAAGGAAAGAGGGAUGAUACCACAUCACAUAAAAAAACACGCAGAACUCGAUCCCGAAGCCCCCCGCGACACAGCGCUACAGAAAGAUCCAGAAAAGCCAGGAGUCGAGACAGAAGCAGAGAGCGCUCGACGGACAGAAAGAAAACCCGGAGACGGAGCCGGUCGCAUUCCCAUGACGCACACAACAGGAGGCGGAAAGAGAACGGGUCGGAUGACUCGCACGGCCGAAGGAGAAAGAACAGUAGGAAGCAGAGAAAGCGAUCACGUUCAGAUAGUCGCAGAGAGCGGAAGUCACGUUCCGAUGGUGUCAACGGUGAGAGUGAGCCGGAGGAAGGAGAGAUCACCGGGUCGGAUGGAGAGAAAGAACCUUUAUCAUCAUCCUCAUCAGUUUCAUCACCUGUUCAACCCGCUCAUGAGAGUCCAGAGAGAGAAAUGGAAGCACAAGUGCAGGAAGAAGCCUGGCCGCCGUGCGUUCGGGUGACGGUGGUUCGUUCACCUGUAUUGGAGACCGGAACGCUCUUCAUCCUCACAGCUGACACUGUUGCCACAAUCGGCAGAGAGAAAGACAUGAAUCACGCCGUCAGAAUCCCAGAGAUGGGCGUCAGUAAGUCCCAUGCAGAGGUUUAUUUUGACCAGGAGAAUCAGUGUUACAUGUUGAUCGAUCAGGGCAGUCAGAACGGCACUGUCAUCAAUGGAAACCGAAUAUUACAGCCCAAAGUUCGCUGUGACCCUUACCUUUUGACCCACGGAGAUGAAGUGAAGAUGGGCGAGACUGUCUUGUCCUUCCACAUUCACACCGGAACCAACACGUGUGACGGCUGUGAACCGGGACAGAUCAUAGCACAUCUGAGUCGGCAUAAGAGAGAGGAGAACUCGGGAUCUGUUCUUAGUAAAGAAGACAAAGAAAUUCAACGACAGAAAGAACUUAAGAUGAUGAAAGUUAAAUAUGGUCUUAAAAACAGUGAUUAUGAAGAGCAGAAGGCUGUUAAGAACAGCAAGUAUAAAGACAGAGCUGAAAACCGCCGGCAGACGGUCGGGAGCAAGGGAGCGUUCCAGAGAGACGACGCUCCUGCUUCGGUUCAUGUUGAAAUAGGUGAUGAGAACAAGGGUAGACAGAUGCUGGAGAAGAUGGGCUGGAAACGUGGAGAGGGGCUCGGCAAGGAUGGAACCGGCAGGAAAGAUCCAGUCAGAAACAAUUUCAAUGUUUUGGUUGUUGUGGGUUGUGAAAAAUGCACGGAUGUCUUUGAUUGUACAGUAACUUCAUUUUUUGUGUUGCAGAUCCAGCUGCAGUUGCGUAAGGCUCAGUCUGGUCUUGGUUCUGGAGUUGCUAUGUCUAUAGAGGACGCCUCUCUCACCAAAACCAAAAACCAGCGCAAUUGGGAGCGGGCACGGGAACGCUUUACAGAUGCAUGUCUGACUGACUCCGCCCAUCCUGAUACUAGCCAAUCACCUAACACUUUGGUCAAAAAUCAUGAAUCGGAGUGACUUACCUUGAGUGCUUUGGAACUGUGGCUGAUUUUGAAGUUUGCUGCUAGUUUAACUUCUCAGUGGAUGAAACAAAGACAGAAUUAUGACAUUUUUGUAAACAGUUUUUUAGUUCUUUUUAAUCAAACAUUUUUUCCCCAAAAUUGAAAAACAAACAAUAUCUCAGACAAAUAAACAAAGGUCUGUACAA